AUGACAUUGACAGAUAAUCAAACGGUCACCAUUUCAGCAGUUCCCCCAGCUGGAGCUAGUCUCCUAGCUGGAGGUCCAUUCAAAGCACCAAACCGCGCCCAGCGACGGGCGAUUGAAGACAAGUUUCGCGACAUGAUCAAAAACAACGACGACUUGAAGAAUCACGCAGCGUCCAACAAGGCAGACAUCGAUCGAAUCCUCAAGGCAGGCGACGACGGGUUCUUGAACUACUACGUAUGGACACGACUGCAUCCGGCGAGCAAUUGCUAUCCCACUAUUGCCCAGCUCGAUAGGUUGCUGUCGCAUUUUGCCAAGGAAGUCUUCCGCUAUUAUGAGGAUCUCUGUCGAUCCAUGUCCAUGGCGGGCGAUUUCAUAUCAGAGAUAUGGUCCCAUGUCACACGCGGCCAGCGAAAAUCAAUAUUGGAACAGGUCUUUCCUGGAAUUUCGAAAUACCCUAGCGGUAAUCUCAUGGUCAUAUCCAAGUUCGACCGAGGAGACAAAAUGGACCCCAACACAUGGCUGCUGCUCAACGCCACCCAGAUUACCACGCCGCAUAUCAACUUGGACGCACUGUCGCAAUCGAACAUACUUUUGGACUUCAUCUGCGCUCGGACGCGCAACCCGCCCCAAGACUUUGCUCAUGCUGAGCUCCUUCACGCUCCCUGUCAUCGAUGGACGGGUUCAGACCUGUUCAAGCGACAAGACGGAUUCGUCACUCGCUUCAUCGGGCGGCAUCAACGUAGAUACGGAGAGAUUGAACAAGUUGUCGACGCCCGCGCGCUUGUCACAGCUGGGCGCGCGAUGCAUCCCUGGACUGCAUUUAAAGUGGUCAUCAUCCAAAACUACAUCUAUAAAGGGCUCACUGACUGCAUCAUGGUGACGAUGCAAUUGGUAGAUAGAGCCGAUUGGCGAAAAGUCAUCCGGCCUAUGAUACCAUCCUCGGUGGCCGCGACCGCAUUGGCCAUCGCCCUCGAAGCUCCAUACCGGCUGCCCGCAACACUAUAUCUCGAUGACAUGGAACCUCUGGUGUCAGCCAAGGUCAAUGAGUUGGAGGAUCACAUCUGGGGUCUACGCGAAGAUCAUGUUUACUUUGCAGAUGUCUGCCAGCAAGCCUUUGACCAUAAUAGCCAGACAAUGAAACCGUCCAAGGGCGGCGAGGCUCUAGCCCUGAUUCACUUUCCUGAAGCUGUCAAGAGAUAUGUAUUGGAAGAGGUGGUGAUAAGCUCCCAUCGGUUCCUGGCACUUUGGCAUGAGUGCAAGCAAGCGCUGGACGACGUCAUAGCUCUCCAGAGCCGCUAUAGGAAAGUGACAUCUGAUUAG